AUGUCAUUCUCCAACUUGCUCGGUACGGUGUACUGCCAGGGCAACCUGCUCUACAGUCCCGACGGCACCCAGCUCUUCUCGCCCGUCGGCAACAGAGUGACCGUCUUUGACCUGGUCAACAACAAGUCGCACACGCUUCCCUUUGCCCACCGCAAGAACAUCGCCCGCAUCGGCCUCACGCCGCGGGGCAACCUCCUGCUCUCCGUCGACGAGGACGGCCACGCCAUCCUGACCAAUGUCCAGCGCCGAAUAGCGACCUACCACUUCUCCUUUCGCGGCAAGGUCACGGCCCUCGCCUUUGCGCCCUCGGGCCGCCACUUCGCCGUCGGCCUCGGCCGCAAGAUCGAGGUCUGGCACGUCCCCUCGACGCCCGACUCCAACGCCGCCGGCGAGCUCGAGUUUGCGCCCUUUGUCAAGCACCACACCCACACCCAACACUUUGACCAUGUCCGCCAUAUCGAGUGGUCCAGCGACUCGCGCUUCUUCCUGAGCGCGUCUAAGGAUAUGACGGCGAGGAUAUGGAGCCUCGACCCCGAGGACGGCUUCGUGCCCACCGUGCUCUCGGGCCACAAGCAGGCCGUCGUCGGCGCCUGGUUUUCCGAGAACCAGGAGACCAUCUACACAGUCAGCAAGGACGGCGCCGUCUUUGACUGGCAAUACGUCGGCAGGCCGAGGCGGCAGGAGCAUGCCAACCAUGACGACAACGACGACGACGACGACGAGAUGGCGCUGGACGACGAGGAGGCCGACAUGCGGUGGCGGAUCGUCAACAGGCACUACUUCCACCAGAACGACGCCAACGUGCGGUGCGCGGCGUUCCACCCGGAAUCCAACCUCCUCGUGGCCGGCUUCUCCAACGGCAUCUUCGGCCUCUACGAGAUGCCCGACUUCAACCAGAUCCACACGCUCAACAUUUCCCAAAACGAAAUCGACUUUGUCACGAUCAACAAGAGCGGCGAGUGGCUGGCCUUUGGCGCCUCCAAGCUCGGCCAGCUCCUCGUGUGGGAGUGGCAGUCCGAGUCGUACAUCCUCAAGCAGCAGGGCCACUUUGACUCGAUGAACUCGCUCGUCUACUCGCCCGACGGCCAGCGCAUCGUGACCAUUGCCGACGACGGCAAGAUCAAGGUGUGGGACGUCGAGUCGGGCUUCUGCAUCGUCACCUUCACCGAGCACACGAGCGGCGUGACGGCGUGCGAGUUUGCCAAGAAGGGCAACGUCCUCUUCACGGCCAGCCUCGACGGCUCCAUCCGCGCCUGGGACCUCAUCCGCUACCGCAACUUCCGCACCUUCACGGCGCCCACGAGGCUGUCCUUUUCCUGCAUGGCCGUCGACCCCAGCGGCGAGGUCGUCGCCGCCGGCUCGCUCGACUCGUUCGACGUGCACAUCUGGUCCGUCCAGACGGGCCAGCUGCUCGACCAGAUGUCCGGCCACGAGGGCCCCGUGUCGGCCCUCGCCUUUACGCCCAACGGCGACUCGCUCAUCUCCGGCAGCUGGGACCGCACGGCGCGCAUCUGGUCCAUCUUCAACCGCACCCAGACGAGCGAGCCGCUGCAGCUGCAGGCCGACGUGCUCGACAUUGCCGUCCGCCCCGACUCGCUGCAACUCGCCGUCUCGACGCUCGACGGCCAGCUGACCUUCUGGUCCGUCACGGACGCCGAGCAGGUCGCCGGCGUCGACGGCCGGCGCGACGUCUCGGGCGGCCGCAAGGCCACGGACCGCCGCACCGCCGCCAACGUCGCCGGCACAAAGGCCUUCAACAAGAUCCGCUACAGCACCGACGGCUCGUGCGUGCUCGCCGGCGGCAACAGCAAGUACAUCUGCCUCUACUCGGUGCACACCAUGGCCUCGGACCGCGACGACCGCCGCGACAAGGCCCUGCCCGGCGCCCGCCGCGGCGGCGACCCGUCCGCGCGCCGUCGCGCCCCCGAGGUCCGCGUCACCGGCGUCGCCUUCUCGCCCGCCGGCAACGCCUUCUGCGCCGCCUCGACCGAGGGCCUCCUCGUCUACAGCCUCGACGACGUCCUGGCCUUUGACCCCUUUGACCUGGCCAUGGAGAUCACCCCCGCGUCGACCCUCGCCGUCCUCGACGACAGGGACUACCUCAAGGCCCUCGUCAUGGCCUUCCGCCUCAACGAGGCCAACCUCCUCAAGCGCGUCUUCCUCGGCGUGCCGCACGCUGACAUUGCCCUCGUCGUCGGCGGUCUGCCCAUCGUCUACGUCCCGCGCCUCGUGCGUUUCGUGGCCGCGCAGACGGAAGAGACGCCCCACAUGGAGUUCUGCCUGCUGUGGAUCAAGGCCCUCGUCGACAAGCACGGCGCGUGGCUGACGCAGAACCGCGCCAAGGUCGACGUUGAGCUGCGUGUCGUCUCCCGAGCCGUAUCGCGCAUGCGCGAUGAGAUUCGCAGGCUGGCCGACGACAACGUCUACAUGGUCGACUAUCUGCUGGGACAGGCCAAGGGGCCCGUGGGCGAGGGACAGCUGGCAUUGGAGGCGGCACCGGAAAAGAGCAAGGUCAUCACGGCAGCAGUGGCGGCGGAGGGCUCAGACGAUGGAUCGGAUGAGGACGGUUGGAUUGGGCUAGACUAA